AUGGAGGGGAAGGAGAAAGACGAGACCAUUGUCGGAGCGGCUCCGGAGAUGGAUUCAAGGUCCGGCCAAAGUGCCUCUAUUCCCGUCGGGAAUGAGGGAAUCAAACGCGACCUGGAGUCUCGGCACAUCAACAUGAUUGCGAUUGCAGGAAUGAUCGUGAGUCUUCGUCCCCACCCAGGCAGGAAGCUUCGUGUGCAGAAAUGA